CCGGGGAGCCGGGGAGCCGGGGAGCCGGGGUCUGGCCGGAGUUGGCUGGAGCUGUUGCCAUGACAAGCAUUUUCUUAAGAAAGCGCUGUUGUUGAGACCGUCCGAGCCCGGGGCUGGGGAGUGGGGCGCGAACUUCCUAGGAAAGCAUCCCUCGGUGGAGAAGGAGAGCGAGGUCGGACGCCGCCCGGGAAGGUCCUCGUCCGAGGAAGGGCUGGGGGCGGAGACCCAGCCCAGUCCCCGCGCUAGCUGCUAGAGGCGCGAGAGCGAAGCCUGCAUCUCCACCUUGCUUGCCACAACUGGGGAGACCGGUGGCUGGUCACCCCACCCUACCCCGUCCAUGGAAACCCGGAGGGAGAGUCCCGCUGGGAGACGUCCGGAUCUUUGCUAGAAAGAGAGAGAUCCAGUUGUCAUCAGUAUCCAGGAAGCCUUCCUCUUCCUUCUCCUGCUUCCACUCUACCAUCGCAGUUGCUGGUUGUUGCUAAGGUUGCCUCCAUGGUAACAUGCUCAACUUGUUUACACCUCCAUUGGGGCAAGUAGCCUAAACUAGGAACCUACCUACUCUGGACUACCAGUUCUAUCACCACCUGGAGGACACCAAUCACAGCGACACAAAGUCCGCCUUCAAUUCUGUUCCCCCAUCCUUUCCCUCCUCUCACUGCUAGACUUCAUACAGAAGAAAGGAUCUAGGCUUGGAGUUGCCACUCUGAAGUGUAUUGCGCAAGAUAUAGUCAAUUUAUUUCCUGCCUGGCCCCUCAGAGAAGCAAGAAGCGGGAAGAAGCAGGGAAAGAAGUCAGGAGACACUGACUACUUGGAAGGAAACAUCACAUUUUCUCUGGUUGAGGGACUGGUAACUACAGGCACAAAAAUGAACACAUCAGGACAAAUGUUGCGGUCCAGCUCAAUAGCUGAGAGCCAUGAAAGGGAGUUUGGCUGUACAUUAAUGGACCUGAGGAAACUCAUGGAACUACGUUCAACUGAUGCACUGACCCAGAUCAAUGCCCACUAUGGAGGGAUACAGAAUAUCUGCAGUAGACUGAAAACCUCCCCCGUAGAAGGUCUAUCUGGAAACCUCGAAGAUCUGGAAAAACGUAGACUUGUGUUUGGACAGAACGUGAUCCCUCCGAAAAGGCCCAAGACCUUCUUAGAAUUAGUUUGGGAAGCCCUGCAAGAUGUCACACUCAUCAUCCUGGAGAUCGCUGCCAUCAUUUCCCUGGUCCUGUCCUUUUACCGCGCCCCGGGUGGAAACAAUGAAAUCUGUGGUCAGGUUGUGGGGAGCCCGGAAGAGGAGGAGGAGGCACAAACGGGCUGGAUUGAGGGGGCGGCCAUCCUCGCCUCCGUGAUCAUCGUGGUGUUAGUGACAGCUUUCAAUGACUGGAGCAAAGAGAAGCAGUUCCGGGGGCUGCAGAGCCGCAUCGAACAGGAGCAGAAGUUCUGCAUUAUCCGGAACGGUCAGCUCGUCCAGCUCCCCGUGGCUGAGAUUGUGGUGGGCGAUAUUGCUCAAAUCAAAUACGGUGAUCUGCUGCCUGCAGACGGGAUCCUGAUCCAAGGGAAUGAUCUAAAGAUUGAUGAAAGCUCUCUGACAGGAGAGUCAGACCAUGUUAAGAAGUCUGUGGAAAAAGACCCCAUGUUGCUCUCAGGGACCCAUGUAAUGGAAGGUUCUGGCCGGAUGGUAGUGACCGCUGUGGGGAUCAACUCCCAGACGGGAAUCAUCUUUAGCCUCUUAGGGGCCAGUGAAGAAGAUGGGGAGGAAAAGAAGAAGAAAGGUAAAAAGCAAGGAGUCUCUGAAAAUCGCAACAAAGCAAAGACCCAGGACGGCGUGGCCUUGGAAAUCCAACCACUCAACAGCCAGGAGGGGAUCGACAACGAGGAAAAAGAGAAGAAAGUAUCCAAGGUGCCUAAGAAGGAAAAGUCGGUGCUGCAGGGCAAGCUGACGCGCCUGGCUGUGCAGAUCGGGAAGGCCGGUCUGAUCAUGUCUGCUAUCACAGUGAUCAUCCUCAUUCUGUACUUUGUGAUUGACAACUUUGUGAUACAGCGCAGAGCAUGGCUACCCGAGUGUACCCCCGUGUACAUCCAGUACUUUGUCAAGUUCUUCAUCAUUGGCGUCACUGUCCUGGUGGUAGCCGUGCCGGAAGGGCUGCCACUGGCUGUCACCAUCUCACUGGCCUACUCCGUGAAGAAAAUGAUGAAAGACAAUAACCUGGUUCGGCACUUGGACGCUUGUGAGACCAUGGGCAACGCCACAGCCAUUUGCUCUGAUAAGACAGGCACACUGACCAUGAACCGCAUGACGGUGGUACAAGUUUACAUUGGGAACGUCCACUACCAUCAGGUCCCAAGCGCUGAUGUCUUCCAGCCCCAGGUCCUGGACCUCGUUGUCAAUGGCAUUUCUAUCAACAGUGCUUACACCUCCAAGAUUCUGCCUCCAGAGAAGGAGGGAGGCCUGCCACGGCAGGUGGGCAACAAGACAGAGUGUGCCCUCCUGGGCUUUGUCAGCGAGCUGAAGCAGGACUACCAGGCGGUGCGCAACGAGGUGCCUGAGGAGAAGCUCUACAAGGUGUACACCUUCAACUCCGUGCGCAAGUCCAUGAGCACAGUCAUCAGGAAGCCCAGCGGCGGCUUCCGCAUGUUCAGCAAGGGCGCUUCAGAGAUACUGUUGCGCAGGUGUAAUCGAAUCCUGGACAAGAAAGGAGAAGCAGUGCCAUUCAAAAGCAAGGACCGAGAUGAUAUGGUCCACACCGUUAUUGAGCCCAUGGCCAGCCAGGGGCUCCGCACUAUCUGCUUAGCUUACCGGGAUUUUGAUGAUGCGGAACCCUCAUGGGACAAUGAGGCUGAAAUCCUCACUGAGCUGACCUGCAUUGCGGUGGUGGGCAUUGAGGACCCUGUGCGCCCAGAGGUACCAGAUGCUAUUGCCAAAUGCAAACAAGCUGGCAUAACUGUCAGAAUGGUGACAGGUGACAAUGUCAACACAGCUCGGGCCAUCGCCUCCAAAUGUGGCAUUCUGACACCUGGAGAUGACUUCUUGUGCUUAGAAGGCAAAGAAUUCAACAGGCUUAUCCGGAAUGAGAAGGGCGAGGUCGAGCAAGAAAAGCUGGACAAGGUCUGGCCUAAGCUUCGGGUGCUGGCACGGUCUUCACCAACGGACAAGCACACACUGGUGAAAGGCAUCAUUGACAGCACUGUUGGGGAACAGCGGCAGGUGGUGGCUGUCACCGGUGAUGGAACAAAUGACGGGCCCGCUCUGAAGAAAGCAGAUGUUGGUUUUGCCAUGGGCAUUGCAGGCACAGAUGUGGCCAAGGAGGCAUCAGACAUCAUCCUAACAGAUGAUAACUUCACGAGCAUCGUGAAGGCAGUGAUGUGGGGGCGAAACGUGUAUGACAGCAUCUCCAAGUUCCUACAGUUCCAGCUCACUGUCAACGUGGUGGCCGUGAUUGUGGCCUUCACUGGGGCCUGUAUCACACAGGAUUCCCCACUGAAAGCUGUGCAGAUGUUGUGGGUUAACCUAAUCAUGGACACUUUCGCUUCCCUGGCCCUGGCUACUGAGCCCCCUACUGCUUCUCUGUUAAGACGCCGCCCCUAUGGCCGGAAUAAGCCUCUGAUCUCGCGUACUAUGAUGAAGAACAUCCUGGGCCACGCAGUCUAUCAGCUCACAAUCAUCUUUCUCCUUGUCUUUGCUGGAGAGAAGUUGUUUGACAUUGAUAGUGGGAGGAAGGCGCCUCUCCAUGCACCACCCAGCCAGCACUAUACAAUCGUUUUCAACACCUUCGUGCUGAUGCAGCUCUUCAACGAAAUCAACUCACGAAAGAUCCACGGCGAGAAGAAUGUCUUUGCCGGCAUCUACCGCAAUGCCAUCUUCUGCUCUGUAGUUUUGGGCACAUUCAUCUGCCAGAUCUUCAUUGUGGAAUUCGGGGGCAAGCCCUUCAGUUGUACACCGCUCAGCCUGGCCCAGUGGCUGUGGUGUAUCUUCAUUGGGAUUGGAGAACUUCUGUGGGGCCAGAUCAUCUCUGCGAUACCUACCCAGUCUCUGAAGUUCCUAAAGGAAGCUGGCCAUGGCACUACCAAGGAAGAGAUCAACAAGGAUGCUGAGGGCAUGGACGAGAUUGACCUCGCAGAGAUGGAGCUGCGCCGAGGCCAGAUCCUCUGGUUCCGUGGCCUGAACCGGAUCCAGACUCAGAUCGAAGUAAUUAACACAUUCCAGACGGGAGCCUCUGUUAAGGGAGUCCUAAAGCGACAGAGCAUGGCUCAACACCUUGAUGUAAAACUGGCUCCUAGCUCAUCUUACAUCAAAGUGGUCAAAGUGUUCCAUAGUUCCCGCCAUGAAGCCUUGCAAAAAUCCAAGAACCAAGACUCCAUCCACAACUUCAUGGCUCACCCUGAAUUCGCCAUAGAGGAGGAGAUGCCACGAACACCAUUCCUGGAUGAGCGAGAGGAAGAUGUGACAGCUUCUACCACGGGGACUAGGGUGCUCCUGUUGGAUGGUGAGGCCACCCCAUGCGCUAACAAAAACAACAACGCUGUGGACUGCGACCAGGUGCACCCCGCCACCUCCCACCCAGACAGCCCUCUACAAAGCCUGGAGACAUCAGUCUGAACUUCCGUCCUCUGACUCCCAUCCCUGCUUUCCCGGUUUCUUUCGAUCUGCCCCAUCUCUGAGGUGAAGAUGGGACUUGUCACCGUCAUGUCAGCUGCUCCCGAGUGUGUGAGAGCCCCCACCUGACCAUGAAGAAAAAGAACCUACAAGGGUUUCAACUUAAACUUGCGAUGGGGUUUGUAGCAGGACCCAAUCAAACCCCAGGCAGGUAAUGAUAGAAUCUACUUUUUAGGUAUAUCUGUUGUCAUUUAAAAAAAAAAUGAUGACAAUCCUCCUGGCAUCACCCAACCCAAAUGCUUUACAGUGUUUGUACAUAUUUUGCCACCUCCUGACUUGAGGAUUUUAUCCUGAGUCUCUACCACUGACAAGCCAGGCUAUGGGUUCAGAGAGAGAAACACUACCAGCGCAGUGUGAUGGAGCAGGGGUGACGUGUAAAAUCAGCCAGUAGAGUGAUGGUUCUUAGAACAAUUUUUUUCUGUUGUGAAAACUUAUACCUGAAAGCCUGUAGCUCUUUGUGCCCCUCAGUCCGACCUCCCCAAAGUUCUUUUGGUAUUGUCUCUCCCUUACCUUCCCUCCCUUUACUUUGUUUAAGUUGUGAUAAUUAAGAGACUAGAAAGGACAUGGACAAGUUUUCUUUUACUCCUUCUGACUCCACUAGAACCUUUAACUCCAUUCUAGAGGCAGACCGUUUUCUUUGCUAAAAAGGGUCUUUUUGAAGCAAAUAAAAGCUGUAAAAUGGUUCCCUCUUCUUGCCAGGCUAGCUUGUACUUCUAACCUGCCGUCUUGCAAGGCGUGGAGGGUGUCUAAGUGCCAGGAGUCCAGCCUUGACCAUGACACUUGCGUAUGAGCGGCAGUUUUUACCAUAGGUCUGAGCUUCCUCCUGUCCCUUAAGUGGUAGCACGAAAAGAAUGGGCUAUGGCCUUGCCUCCUAGCUGGGCAUGACGCUUCAGGACCGGUCACCAGCACGCCCAGGACAAGACAGCUCCCUGGAGCAGACCCCGACAGGGUAAAUACUGCUUUCAAAGCCAUCUGCCAAGGCUCUCCCAGGGCAGGAGCUGCUUAUUAGGGGGGUGAGUGUUGAAAAGCCUUUGGAGCGACUAAAGAUCCAUUCCAGCAAGAUCCGAAACACCACCCUGCAGGCACCAGAGACCCUCAGCUUAGGUGCACACAUUCUAGCCUCACAUUCUCUCCGCUGUUCCUAAUUCUGCUCUUUAUUGUGUCCCAACAUGUACCCUCCCUAAGAAGGCCCCAGCCUUUUGCAAACAUUUCGCAUUUGAAAAUACAUAUCCACUGGGGCGGCCUCCCUGACGUGUGUGCUGAUUCCAGGAGCUCAAAGCCCUCCCUGGCCCGCUCCCACCUCCUCUCCCCUAGCCCUGCCCCAGCAGCCUUCUCCAGCAGCGGCUCUGCGGCCACCCAGGGAAGCCCGUGCCUUUUUGCCCUCCACACUGCCCAAAGCAGCCCCUGCCCACCCGCCUCUCCACAGUUGGGGACUUUCCCAGGAGACGACUUCUUUUUUUUAAGUGUUCCUUACUGGGACAAGGGGGAGCCGCGUUUGCAGGUGCUGCAUCCGUACCCCUGCUCUGCUGACUUAAGCUCUCCUGUGCAGACAGAGCUGAUACCUGUCCCCAUGUCCUGUCUCCCAUUAGACCAGUGAAGCCUGCCCUCCCUUCCUAGAGUGUUAGAGGAAGAAGAGGGAGUGGGAAGCUAAUAUUAAUAACUGCCAAAUUUCUACCUGGGAGAAGGUGGCAGCCUGAGCCUGCCCACUUCAACCUGCUCUACAGCCGUCUCCCUUGCCUCUUCUUCUGAGCUGUGCGAGGUCACUGCAGAAUCCAUCAUUGCAGGAAAUAGGAGACCAGCUUUGGUUUGGGUUUCGUGAGGGUUUCAUGCUUCGGCAAUCUUUUCUCUGUCUUAAAUAUUCAUGGGGGAGGGAAAACAGCUCACCCAAGGUAUUAGGUGUUCAAGUAGAUAUUUAUGAAAUACUUUGAGAGAUUUAAUUCUCACGUCAACACUUUUAUUACCUCAGACCAUUUGUAAAAAGCAAGCCAAUAACAAGCUUUGAAGGCCAUUUUAGAAUUUUUGCUCCCAAAAGACUCUUGUGGUGCCUGGCAGGUUACUCCUGAGGGCUCUGUCUACUUUUUCAAACAGGCUUUUUUGUGUGUUCUAGUUUUCAUAGUAAGAGAGAAAAUAUAGAAAUAUUAUGCAAAAAUAUAGUUUUCUUUAGAUCAGAAACUGAUAUUUUUGAGUCAGCCAUAUAUAUUUUGUUUAAAGGAUUUAAAAUAAAAUGCCCUCAUGUAAUAUCGUGGAAGGGAGCACAUAACCAGCUUUUCAACAUGACAGGUGACUUAAUAUAUUUGUAAUUGGUUUAAAAACCAAUAUACCAUACUUCCUUUCUCCAAACAGCCAUCUUUGUACUUAGGGGGAAAAUUGUUGGGUUAUAGACUUUUUUAAUAUAAAUUUUGUUGAUAUGGAAUUUAAGUUCCAGUGUUUCUGUGCAUAUGCUUUUUAUAUAUAAGUUUUUUUUUUUUAAUUCCGUUUCAGUGACCCAGCGGGCAGUGAGUAACUAUGACAUAUAAGUUACUAACACUUUCCCCAAAAUGGUGCUUUGGAGUUGAAAAGGGUCUGAUGGGAAGGAGAAACUCUUGUUCUAGAAUCCUCUCUUGGUAAACCUAGAAAAGCUCGUAGCAAACUGCAAGUAAUGAUGAAAUGCAGGGGGUGUCCUCCAAGAGAUGGACCACCAGGCUUUCUGGUAAGUAGCGGUGAGGAUCAGUUGGCGUUUCAUUUCUGGAGGAAUUAGCUGGCAAACUGAGACCAGAGACGGCUUCUGUUGCUCUGUUAGGGUACUGACUCGGGCUUUGCGUUUUAUAUGGUUCUUACACUUCCUGUACCCCUUAGAGUUUUCCAUUAGUGAGUUUUUAUGCAUGAUUCUGAUUUGUGACUCCUUCCCUCCCCUAGAAAGGUUUUGUGCAAUACAACAGAGCUCCAAAUGGGGGGAAACACUGGCUGGCUGUAGCUCUGCGUGGCAGCCUGGGAGCUAGGUCCUCCUCAUAGGCAUCGUCCUCUAAAGCGAUUCUCCCAUUCCAAAAGGUGUAAGAGAGCAGACAGAAUCCCUCUGGGCACUUGUGGAUUUCUCAGGGUUGGGAUGUCUUUUUUUCCCUUCCAGCUUCAGGGGAGAUUUGCACAGGUCAGUCUGAGCAAUUACCUCACUGCCCAAAACCCAGAGGGGCAUGGCAAGCUCCAAUGGGCCGGCUAAUCCCUUCUACACCCCUUCCCAUCUUUCCUGUUCCCCUCACCCUGCAAUUGAAGCUACCCAUAGCACUACCCUGGUGUGCACACUUUCUCACCUUUUGUGUCUAAGGACCACCCUGUGGCAUUGGUGGGGACGGGCACUCAUAAAUUGCUAUUCUAAAGCCAUUCCAGCCUCUUCCUCAGAAUAGACCAGACCCCCUUCCAUUUAGCUCAGUGCCAGAACUUUUGUCUUCCCAGUUCUGCAGUUAGGACUGCUGUCACCUUUCCUCUUAAUUAGGAAAGGUAAAGGGAGGUGAGUUCCCUGCAAGUGAAUAUGCCUUUGGUUUGGAUUUUCUCCCCAUAUGUAUAUAUGCCAUAUGUGAAUAUGCCAUAUAUAUAUGUGCCAAGAAAUGUAUCUAUGUUGUUCUUUUCAACUCAGCAUGCAGAUAGGAAUUUUGAGUUUCUUUUUCUUUUCAGUAACUAGUAUAGCAAGCACUGGCAUUUUUGUACAAAAAGGAAAAAAAUUUAAAAAAAAGAAGGUUGACUAUUGUGGUCUGCAUGACAAACAUGGUAAUAUCAAAGCAAUGUAUCCCCUAGUGUGUGUUACCAUAACUUACAGUUCAGCUUAACAGUGCACCCAAUCUGUAUUUGCAUUUUGAUAUUAUUUAAGCUCUGUGUACAAUGUUUUGCAUGUAUUUAUAUGGUUCUUAGGGGAAAAAAUGCUAUAAACUGGCAAAUCUGAAAUUCAAAUAUGUUGUUCCACUGAGACGGGAAGAAGAGGAGUUCAAAAGGGGUAAUUUGUUUGGAACCAAUAAAGCUUUAUGCUGAAGAGCAGAAGCCCAUGCUGCCAUGCACUGAGAAUAAAAAUCCCAUGCCCACUUGUAA